AAACUGCAUCACACUACUGCUUUGUCACAUCUAGUUGAAGUUACCUUUACAGCUCAAAAGAGAGAGAGAGAGAGAGAGAGAGGGAGAAUAACUGGCAGAUAGGCAGGAUGGUGGCACAAACCCGGUUUCCUUAAGAAACCAAACUGAAAGGUGCUUCUUUUAUAUAUAUUUUUUGUAUGGAUUGGUGAGCGAAGUGGUUCUCUUCAGUCACUGGUUCCUAAACACAUGCUGGCUCUAGCUUUCUCUGCUGCCUGAGCUAGAAUGAACAGUCCUGAACAUAAUGUGUAAGCUGGGGGUGUAUAGCGAGUGCCGGUUGUGGUGGUGUAUAUCACUUGCAAGAUUGCUUUCUACCCUUGCCUUUUCCAUGCUUUUUCAUUUUUGCCAUGUGAUGCCUAGGUAUUUUCCAUGGCCUGUGGGGAUCCAGAAAAGCACAUCAGCAAGUUAAAUGAUCUCUUCCAGUAGGUAUGUUCCUUGACGUUUGUCGUCCAUGAUUUUUCUCUGCUGUCAGACUGUGCUGUCACCUAGGUUAAGUCCUUGUGGCUUCUUUAAGGGAAGUAAUCUUGACUAAACUGAACGUCAGUGUCUCACAUGGCAUGACCAGCAAUCCUUGCUGUUUACCUCAGCCAUAUGAGUAAUGCGGCCACUAUAAACUCAUGAUAGUAAGAUUUUACUCAUGUUGUAAGUGCACAUUAAUUAUCGGACUGCUGCACGUUCAUGGACGAAAGCUGUAUCUGCGUUAGACGGAUGUACAGAAAAGCAUGUUUUGCAGCUGCUGCAAUCCCCGUGUCCAGCAGUUUUUGCUAACUACAGUGUACCAUGUUCCUUUGCCUUUUCUUCAAUAUGACUAGUUCUCUGGGGCCUAGAUGAGCUGUUAGUUUUCUGCUUCCCUUAACAAAUCCCUGCUUACGGUAGCUUUGGCAGUCUUUAAUAGUUUGGGCUGAUGCUUCUCUCUUCCUCUCCUAUUCACUGCCUUAGGCUGAAUGUCUUUGGAAAAUUUCAGGUGUUUCCAAGAAACAAUACAUAACGCAAUACAUUUUAUAGUAAUUUAAAAGGAGUUCAUCCUAUCCUAUUGUUUGCCUUUUUUUCCCCUUCAUGUGAAGGAAGCAAUUUCCACUGCUUUCCCUCUUGGAGGAGAUUCUGAUAGAGCUGUUUGCUGCCAUGUCAAAGUUUGCUUUCAUUUGGCACCAAAUCCAUGCAGAAGUCUGAAUUAAAUUUUUGUUGCGUGCCACUGUCAGAAAAUGCCAAAUUGUGUUUAUGGAGGAUAUGUGAUUGCAGAAUCCCAGCACUAGUGGGAAUUACUGGCACAACUCUUUCUUUGAUCUAAGGAGGUUCUUGGCGGUGUAGGAAGGGAUGAGUCUGCCACCAUUGAGGUCACCUUUCGCAUCUUUAUUGAGCAGGGCAAACAGACUAGUUUGGAAGGUACGAGUGCUGCAAUUUGUGAACUGUGUGAUACAGGGGCCUGUCAUCUUCUCACGACCUUGUGAUUCAGCAUCUUACUGGAUGUGAGGUCAGUUUGUCAUGCGGCAUCACCACACUUGGCUGCAUGACACUGGAUAGCUACAGUCUCACCGGAUCCAGAGAAACAUGCAGCCACAUGAAGCCUCCAGCAUUUAAAAAUGAACCUGUUAAAUGUACUCUCCCUCACUGUGAGCUUAUUUCAUAGAUGGACUGUAGCCCACUUGAUCAGUGAAUGUUAAGUCUCCCAUCUGAAGAGGGGUUGAUUUGGUUCCUUUCUACCACUAAGGAUUGUGGCUGGUGAAUGUAUUUGCCCCACUGCCUCUAAAUUAAUGGUGUGCCAAGGACAGAUGUGAAACAGCUCUUUCUCUGGAUAUUGAUGUGGUAUCUUCUUAACACAUUGCAACGCCUUGGGCCCACCAGCAGCACGGGAUAUGGAGGCUCUUGAAGUUGAUGACAUUAGCCCUGCCUUGGAAGUAACUGAAGACUUUUUCAAUGGUUUUGAUACUAAGCUUGAAAAGACUGUGCAGCCCUCUGAGGUAUAUGGUGUACAGGAGGUCCCUGAACUGGUUGGGCACGAGGUAUUUGAUCAGAUAACAGAGAGCAGGAAUCUGAGGAACGUUGCCUCCUUAGCGAAAAGUAGCCUCAUCUGGGAUCACUGCAAAAAUGGCCUCUUGGAAACCAAAGCUCAGACAGCAUUCCCUGCCAAAGACCACUACAUGGUGCAGAGAGGAACAGCUGCUGACAACCUCGCUUGGGCAGGGGAAGGGGAGACCGCAGCUUUUAACAUAUUCAGUAUCUGCCAGCGGAGGAGAGACAGGCCUCGCUCGGUGAAUGACAUCCUGGUGCAGAAUGAGGAAGCCUCCACAUUCAAGCCAGGACACAACAGAUCACGCUCUGAUAUCAGCCAAGUAAACUGGGGAGUGGUCUUCAUGGGCACCUCCCUGCAGCAGCCACCUGCACCUGGUGAGGACAAUAACUGUGCUCUGCUCUCUUACCUGGCAUUAACCAAGGGAGAGGACAUCCAGGGAAACACAGAACACAAGUCAAUGUUCACAAAUAUUCUGAAGAAGGGAUACUUAGAAAUUAGAAGAGACAAUGACAGCUACUGGCAAACCUGUUACGCUGAGCUCUCCCCAUACAAACUGUACCUGUAUUGCUUGGACAGCAGUGGCAACCAGACUCUUCCCACCGUGUAUCCACUCAUGCAUUUUCAAAGGGUCACUGUUACUGGUUGCAUCGAAACCAAGGUGGUGGAUGCUGUCCUGUCAGACAACUCGCAGCUACAGCUGAAGGCAGAGUCCUCAUGGGAGGCUUUGGACUGGGGACAGAAACUCUGGGAAGUGGUGCGUGCUUCUGUGCCUGCUUUCACGAGACAGCAGGAGAAACUGGAGAAUGUGCCAAAGCCUGAAAAUAACAGUGACCUUUCUCAAACCAAUGGAUUGUUAGAGAAGCCUAUGGAGCUCUUCCUAUCCAUGAAUUUGACUGAAAACACUAAAGAGUACCAAAAUAUUCUCAAAUCAGGGACUCUUUACAGGUUAACUGUCCAGAAUAACUGGAAGGCAUUUACUUUUGUCUUGAACAGGUCUUAUCUCAUGGCGUUCCAACCGGGUAGGCUUGAUGAAGAUCCUCUGCUGAGCUACAAUGUUGAUGUGUGCCUGUCGGUCCAGACAGAUACUCAGGAUGGCUGUGACUCUUGCUUUCAGGUCAUUUUUCCUCAAGAUGUCCUCCGCUUGCGUGCAGAGACCCGUCAGAGGGCCCAAGAGUGGAUGGAGGCACUGAGAGCAGCAGCCAAUGCUACUAGAAGUUUAACUCAGAACCCACAGGUCACACUUAGGAGCAAACCUGGAGAUCGGCCCUUUGGAAACGAUGUUAGAAAGAGCAAGCGCCAGUCUGUGACCACCAGUUUCCUGAGCAUCCUGACCACGCUGUCUCUAGAGAGAGGGCUCACAGUUCAGAGCUUCAAGUGUGCAGGCUGUCAGCGCUCCAUAGGCUUGUCCAAUGGGAAAGCCAAGGUGUGCAGCUACAGUGGAUGGUAUUACUGCAGCACCUGCCAUGUGGAUGACAGCUUCCUCAUCCCUGCACGGCUGGUUCAUAACUGGGACACUUCCAAAUACAAGGUAUCAAAGCAAGCCAAAGAGUUCCUGGAAUAUGUUUAUGAGGAGCCAUUGAUUGAUAUCCAGCAGGAAAAUCCCAUGUUGUACAAGCAUGUUGAACCUCUGGCAACUGUUGGUCGCCUGAGACAGCAGCUAAAAUCUCUCCGAGCCUAUUUGUUCAGCUGCAGAGCAGCAGUGGCUGAAGAUCUGCGUAGAAGGAUCUUUCCCAGGGAGUAUCUUCUCCAGCAAAUCCAUCUUUAUUCUCUCGCAGACCUUCAGCAGGUUAUUGAAGGAAAACUGGCUCCUUUCUUGGGAAAGGUAAUCAAGUUUGCCACCUCUCAUGUGUACAGCUGCAGCCUUUGUAGUCAAAAGGGUUUCAUCUGUGAGAUUUGCAACAAUGGAGAAAUCCUUUACCCCUUUGAGGACAUUUCUACAAGCAGGUGUGAAAGCUGUGGUGCUGUCUUCCACUCUGAGUGCAAAGUGAAGGCUGUACCAUGCCCCAGGUGUGUGCGUAAAGAAUUGCAGAAGAAGCAGAAAUCCUUCUGGAGGCGGCUGAAUAUGGAUGAGAACUUCGAAGAGUCUUGCAACAUGUUUGAGUUGUCAUAUCAGAACACAUGAGUUCCUUAAGGCAGUGGCCAGCCUGAAGAGAAUCCCUUUCCCAGCUGCCAGCUCAAGCAACUUCUCAGCUUAGCCAGGCAGAAAUCUUUUUGCAAAAUAAUAUCUGACUUCUUCAUCUGUGAAUAGCAGCUGCCAAAGUGGCCGUAAAGCCUUGUUGGCUUUAAAAUACCAAUGGCUAAACUGCAUUUUGCAUUGAAGUCCAGCCACUAGCUCUCAUACGAAAUGUGGUUUACUUGAAAUGCUUUAGGUCUAGCUAAUUAAGCACCCAACUUUUUCUUUUCCACCUCUGGAGAAGACUUCUUCUCAAGGCAGAAAGUAUUUGCUGUCAUGACCACAUUAAUUUUUAUGUUGUUCAUUUAGAAUUGAUGAAUCAUCUACUUAUUUAUGUGUAUUAUUUAUUUAUUAUAAGCCUUGGCAGAGGUUCUGGUGAGGUGUUUCACAGAACCCAAUAGGGCAGUAAUGAUUUUAAACCCACCUGCUCCUUCUGAUGUGGACAUGUGGUUCCAUUUUCUCAUGUCUCCAGGGAGCUAUUUUUAAAGGAUCAGUGCAUUUACAUGUCACUCCUCCCUGAGGAAAGAAAAGUAUCUCCCAUCAAACCUUAUCUGGGGUGCUUGCAAACAUAAGAUGCAGAAUGAUUCUUUCAUCUAUGUUCAUAUAUUUAUAACCACCCCAGUGAACUAUUCCAUAUGCAGAUAAGCAGGGGACUUGCUACUGUUUUUGUUCAGGCUGAAUAUAUUGGUUAAGCUCUGUCACUGAAGUCCAUUGAGUUUUACACUGGUUAUUCUUGAUCUAUGUGAGGCCACAUCCUCAUCUCCAGUAACAUGAUGUUGGUUCUGACCUCCUGCUAGUCUCACGUUUUAAGACAUUUUAAGUGUCCACAUUGGUUUUGUUUUUAUUUCAUGAAGUUUACUUCAAAUGUGUCUCUAACCUGAACCUGUGAGACUGAUAGUCGGGAAAGUGGUCUUGCACACGUUAGUUAGAAAAUACCUCCAAAAUUGUGAAACACUAGUUUGCUGUGUUCAUGUGCAACUUGCGUCCUGCGUUCUCUGCGAUCUCUAAGGGAUUUCAUACUUCUGUAGUGACUUGGGUGGUAGAGAGCGAAGUUCCUCUAGGUAUGGUUCUGCUCCACACACCUGGAACACAGGGAAGCAUUAAACACAGUGAAUUACAUACUUUGUGAAAGGGGAGUACAUGAUGGGUUUAACUGGGGAGAUGAGUGUCAUCACUGGCAGUAUGUUGAAUUCAUUGUGGCUUUACCUCCAGUGGGCACUUAGAGUUCAUCCUCCCUCCAGUCCACGUUCUUAACUCUUUCUCCAGACCCUGCAGUAAUAUGUGUAUUACAUACAUAUGAAAGCAUUCACAUAUAUAUACACACACACAUCUAUAUGCAGAAAGCAAAUAUGGUUUCAAGAGAAAAAAGCCAGUCACGUGCAUGUGUAUUUUUCCUUUCCUCUCACACAGGUUUGUGAAAAUGCAGAAUACUGAUCUUUGCUUCCUAUAUAGUCUGCAGGCUGUUGUAUUCAAGGCAGAAAGCAGUCUUGAUCAUUGAAGCACCUUGCUAAUUGCUGAAGUAUUUUAAAUAAAAAAACAGGGUACAUCAUGCUUACCUUAAAAGGUAGAAUGCUACAACGAAUUGCCUUGUACUGGAGUAUAAGCGGUUACCUUUUCCAGCCUCCAGUCAAAGACAGUAGCUGAAUCUGAGCUUUCUGAAAUUUGAGUGCAACUACUAUAUAUAUACAAGCAUGUUUAUAUCUGUAUACAUUAGACAACCAGUGCCUUUCUUUUCCAGAAGUCCUUCUCUCAGUGGAAUUCUUUGGAAGGAAGUGAGGGUUUUUCCAUGUUCUUGGCAAAGUAGUAUAGGGAUUCCCAUAUUUAAUAAACCUGGUGAAUCAUGCACCUUUGUCACUAAAAUUAAUACUUCUCCUACACAGCAAUGUCUCGGUCUCAGCUCACUGUUCCUCAUGUGAAAUGAGUUGCUUUCAGCUAUCAUCCUUAAAGAUAAAACAUUCCUUGUAAGUCCAUUCCCACAUGAAGUAUUCCCUGUGUGUUCACAAAUGCAAACAAUGGGGAAGUAUUGUGGAAUUAGUCAUGCAAACAGGAACUGCAGUGGUACUGGCUGAAUAAACAGUAUGCUCCUAUGUUUUUCAGCACGUGUCACUACAACUAGUGCUGUGGCAAAGCCAGUAGCUCUGAAACUGUCAGAAUCUGGCAGGUAUGAUUUUGAAUUAGCUCUAGACAUAAUGGUGGAUCAUUAAAGAAGAAAAGGCGGUGUUUUUCAUAUCAUCAUGCUCUGGUAUUUAAGAUACCUUACAACACUGGUUCAUGUCCAGCUUGGUUUAGAGAAGGCUGCUUGUGUGCACUGUCAAAAACCCUAUGGAGUCAAGGAAUCAAGGUUCAGACAUUGCAAACUAUUAGUUAGUUUGACAGAUGUCUUAAUCUCCAAAGUACCAGUCAUGUGGGUGGUUAGAUAUUGUAGUUGAAUUCUGGAAUAACAACAUAGACAGUGUUGGAGUUACUCUGGGUUUGUACAGGUACUACAGAACAGUUUCUUUGCUAAUGGAAAUUUACAGAAAAAGAGAGUAUGAUCUCAGCAAAACCACUGGAAUCAGUCAUGGGUCUGGAACCACUGCCAUUACUGAGGGUAAAGAGCAAAAGGGUGUUGUUAAGAUACGCUGGCAGCGCCCACAGCUUUACGUAGAAGGAUAGCGUACAAUACAGAUCAGAUUCAUUUCUUUAAAAUCCAAUGUUGUUGUAAACAAGCCAGUUCCUAAAAUGGAUACAUGUUAAUUUCUGCUUUGAAAAAGUAGUAUAGCUUCUCACGGUUCCUAUAGGAGCAGACUGUAAUGUGGAAGAUGCUUUCCUCUCAGGGAUGCCUAGCUCCUAUCCAAAAAAAGUAAUUCCAUAUGAACGGGUAGGAUAAAGUCUUCUGUCCCUGCCUUUCGUAAGCAUAAUGAAAGGCUUGAUCCUGCCCUCAGAAGGUGCCAGCACAGUAGGAACAAGCCCUAAUCAUUUUUCAGGACUGCAAGGCAAAAGAAUAAACUGAAACUACUGUUCACAUUGCUAACUCUCAAAAGACCCAACUCUAAAAGGACAGUUUUCUUGCAAGAGCCAUCUGCUAGGCAGGAGACAGCCCGGGGUUCUGUGGGUGGUUUGGGUUUCAGACAAUGCUGUACCCUUGUGUGGUUGUCUCUGCUCUACUAAUAGUGCUGCAUGCUGGUCCCCACUGCUACUCUUCCCAUUCUGCAGCCCAUAGCCUGCACGCAGCUCUGCUUUGCAGUCCUCUGGGUGGGCAUGAGCUGGAAAAAGUACCCGGGGUCUUUCCAGAUUGUACAACUCUCUCCCCCACCACACGCAGGUGAAAUUAUGUAUUAGUACUUCUAGUCUCGUCCUGCCCACGCAUGAAAUAAAUUUGAAUAAUAGCAUUUCACUAUGAAUCAAGAAUAAAAUGUGCUGUUUGUCUCCUUCACAGAGAAGGGCCUUUCAUAGCUGUUAGAGGAGGAAUUGAUCUGUACAUCCAGUUACUACUUUUGCUUGUACAGACCUUGUAAUCAGCAUAGAAAUAGGGUGCUUCACUGCAAUGGACUAUAGCCUGACCCUCUACAACUACUUAGAAACUUCUCAUCUCAGUUUAGUUAGUCUGAGAUUAUUUUAAUCUAGUACACUGUAGAGAUCUUUAUUCAAGUCUCUUUUCCUCUUUACCCUCACCCUCUAGCUUUCCUUUAAUGGGAAGAAGGACCUACCUAGGGGAUGCGAACCACAGCUUUUUUUUAAUAUUAUCAACCUAUAAAAGGAGAAAUUUGGAUCUCUUAGGUAGAACUCUUUCUAUGGCUUUUUUUUUGUCUGUCUUAGGUGAUGAAAGACGAUGGUUUUGUGAUGUGACACAAUAUCCUGGCUGGCACAUACCAAUAUGAGCUCAUUGCUGGGAUGAUGGGAAUUGGCAGUUGUGAGGCUUUCCUAGAUAAGUGAGAGAAGGUACUUUUUGGUGAGGAACUUGAGUUUUUCACAACACUCCCCAGGCUCUGAUGGCCCUGUUAGGAGUGAAUCAUCAGGGUACCUCUAGAGCUCCUCUUGUCCAGGCUUCUCUUAAUAUCAAGAUACUAUUUGUGUUAUAAUGGAUUAAUGAUAAUGUCCUGAAAGACUUAAAAAAAAAAAAAAAAGCAGAGGGUGUCUGUUUACAGUGAAAUGGGGAAGCUGCACAGUUGUAUUUUGCUUUUUCCCUGUAGCAACGGAAGCCACUGGGUUUCCUGGGCUUUCCAAGGUCAUGGCCUGGAUUGCAGCCGACUGUUGAUCUGUAUAAAAGAAAUGUAAUCGAAUAAUCAUCAUAAUCUUUUCUCUUCUUUUCUGCUGCUCAGCUGCAAGCCAGUCCCCCCUCUUUCUCUCGCUGUCUCUGUCCCUGUCUUUGCUCACAGUGCUGAGCCUACAGCCAGACUUUGAGCUUCAUAGCUCAUUGUGUUGCUUUUGAGCUAGUCGAGUCUGAUCAUUCUCUCCACCGUAAUUUGCCUUCCAAUUUUCCCUUCCCAGUAGGAGUGCCUUACAGUACUGUAUAUUAGUGUCUAUCUUCCUGUUUUGGGCUUCUGAUUGAAUCUGCUGUUUGAUUAACUUGUAGGCUUAAAUUGAAACUCGCCCAUGGCUGUGCAUGCUCUUUUGCAGGGGCAGCUGAGUAAAUCAGUUUGCUUGUUCUGCCCUCAUGAAGUGAGCUCUACAGGCUGCACAUACCAGCUCUGAAGACACCAAGCUGCAUGGAAACCCCUCACUUUUGCUCAAUUUGGUGCCUUAAAUUUUCAAAAGUGAAGAAUUUUGUCAGGAAUGCUCUGCCAUGAUGCAGUGUGUUUGGCAUUGGAGCUCGAAACCCUUGCUGGUGGCAGUUUCCAUCUUGCUAGGAGUGGUGACCAUAAAAUUUGCUUACUGUCUGUGCUUUGAGAGGGAAAUAUGAGAAAGGAUAGCAUGGAGAUGGCGCUGGCUUUUAUUACCUAUAUUUUGGAGACUAGCUGGGCUUCUCUUCAGUCAGAAGAGCGGUUGCACUUAUGCAAGACCUUCAGGAGCUGUGCAUAUAUAAUAAUGGUAAGCACUGGACAUUAAAACAGUAUCAGGUCACAUGCAGUUUUGCUCCUCCUAGAACUACUGGCCAGCCCACACCACGUGGCAGGGGACUCCCAUACAGCGCUCCCUACCCACAUGCGCAGCUGGUUCCCUGAAGGCUAACCCAGUGAGGGCUUGGUCGGCGUUACCUUAGAGAGAGCGUUAACCUGCUUAAAGUUUAGCAUUAUUUGCUAAAGUAUGUGGCUAACUCUUCCAGCAUGUAUCAGCCCUGGGCACGUGUCCAUACUGACUGUGAUCUUUUAAGUCCACGUUUGACACCAGUAGCAGGAAUCCCGUUCGACAACGGCAGUGCUGUCACUGCAUUUUAGCAGUGUAGCAAGGAGACAGCCUGGAUGAUAAUGUGCAAAGUCCUUCUUUACUUGAAAACCCUGGUGUGCACAGACUGGUUUGGGUGAUAUCUUAAAAUGCCAAUUUCGUCCAAAUUCCUUUAGAGUGGCCAUUAAUCCAAAUCACAAAGAUGCCACUUGCGGGCAGCGUCAGAGAAAUCCAGGCCUGGAAAGCUAUCAGCUGUCUAGGACCAAAGUGUAUAAGGCCUCGUCUAUGUGCACAAGUGUCAGUGGCUCAAUUAUUUAUUUAUUCAUGUCUAAUCCACGUGUUAAACCAACAUGAAUCCUUGAAUAUACAGCAUUGUUUUAGUGGAAAAAGGAUUUGCUUCAGUUUUGCUUAUGCACUUGUCUACAAAGUCGAUCUUGCUUAAACUAAAGUGUGCUUUCAGACUGAUUUUUAAUGGCAUUGAUACCUGUGAUACCAGGUUAGCUUAUACCAGUUCCUUCUAUACUGGAGCUAAGAAAAAGUAAGAAUUCAUGAGCAAAAUGUGUGUUUGAAGGGUUUUAAGUGAUAAAGGCAGCUUCCAAACCAACUUUAGUUCAGUCGAGGCAGUUAGAAGCUGGGGGAAGCCAGGUGUGAGUAGCGGAGCGCAGUGGCUGAUGCUGUCCCUGGCCGCCUGGGCUUUCCUUCCCACUGGAGCAUCAGCUCACCUGCAGCACUUGCAAUGGAUUUUAGCAUCGCUGGCAGCGCACCCUGAGUUUUUGGAAAACCAUUAUGUGUGUGUGCUACUCUGUUAACUUAUUGGCAACAUCAUUAUGUGUGUUUCAUUGUUCUUGUGUUUGCAUUUUUUACUUUUGACAAGGAUUUUUUUAAAAUACUCUGCAACUACUAGGCCAUAGUCUUAAUUUAUUAUUGAUGUGUAAUAAUGUUAUAAUUUAAAUUCAAUGAGUUGAAUUGCUUGUUGACACUUGAGCAGGGUUUAUUUGGGUUCACUUGUGACAGCAUCAGAGCACCAGUCCCUUGUGUAUAAAGGCAAGACUCAAUAAACACUAAAAAAAAGUUA